AAUUCACUGUUUAUUUUUUUAAUGAGUGAUCGAAGCAAUUAAUUCAAAUUUUUUCGGCUUUUAGAGAUAUAGCAUUUCACAAUGAUUGCAAACGAAGACAGCUGCUUCACUAGCCAGGAAGUAAUUCCCGAUUCCUCAAGUUUGUCAACUUCUAAAAGCAAAGGAGUAAUUCCUAAGCAAGCAUUUGAAGGCUAUUACUCUCCAGUUCCGGAUCGACAUGCUGCCGAGUACAACAUGAACCACAAGAAACGCGGCAUGGCUAUAAUCUUCAAUCAUAAGAAUUUCGAUGAACGAAUGGGACAGGACACUCGGCACGGCACCGAUGUGGACGUUGCGAAUUUAGAGAGAGUGCUCCAGCAGCUUCACUUUGAUGUUAUCCAAUACAAAGACUUGUGCCACAAUGAGAUUGUGAGAGUCGUUAAGAGAGCUGCAUCGGAAAAUCACGAGAACAACGAUUGCAUUUUAAUUGCCAUACUCUCCCAUGGAAUUAAGGGCUAUAUUUUUGCCAACGACGGUAUGUAUAAGCUAGCGGAUAUCUGUGACUUCUUUACGCCCAACAAUUGUCCCACGCUGGCUGGCAAACCGAAGCUGUUCUUUGUGCAGGCUUGCCAGGGAGAUCAAAUGGAUGGAGGCGUCACAAUGAAAGUGCAAACCGACGGCAGCUCCGAUGUUAGCUACAAGAUUCCGCUACAUGCGGACUUCCUCAUUGCCUACUCCACCUUACCGGGCUUUUACUCCUGGCGCAAUCAAAAAAAAGGCUCCUGGUUUAUUCAGAGCCUGUGCCUGGAGCUGGAAAGCAAUGGAAAACACUUGGACUUGAUGACUCUGCUGACAUUCGUCUGCCGGCGUGUUGCCGUGAAGUUUGAGUCUAACACUGAUAAUCCAGAUAUGCAUCAAAAGAAGCAGAUCCCUUGCAUUACCACAAUGCUUACCCGCACCGUAUUAUUCAACGACAAGCCUAUGAAUAAUUCCAAAUGCUUUUAAAACUUACUGAC